UAUCAACAUUCUCCAUCGAUCCACACCAUGGCGGCGUGCACGACGGACAUAGCUAGAGCCGUCGCAUGCAGAGACGGCACGGCGGCGGCGCACCUGAAAGUGAUCUCCGUGUUCUCGAUAUUCGCCACCAGCAUGGUCGGCGUGUCGUUGCCGGUGAUGUUGGCGCGGUAUUUUCAGGGCAAAUCCCUCUACGACAUGGCAAUCUUGGUGAUCAAGUGUUUCGCCGCCGGCGUCAUACUCGCCACCUCAUUGGUCCACGUGUUGCCGGACGCCUUCGCAGCGCUCUCCGACUGCAACGUGGCAUCCCGGCACCCGUGGAAGGACUUUCCCUUCGCCGGCCUUGUGACACUGGCGGGGGCUUUGGUGGCGCUGUUGGUGGACGCCGCCGCAAGCUCGCACGUGGAGCACGCGCACUAUGCGGCGGUGGAGACGGAGGAGAAGGAAGGUGGCGGAGAGUGGAGAAUGGAACUCGUUGGCGGCGGCGGUGAUGGUGGUGAAUUGGAGAGAGUUGAAGAGUUGAUGAGGUUGAAGCAGAGGUUGGUGUCGCAAGUGCUUGAGAUUGGGAUAAUAUUUCACUCAGUGAUAAUAGGUGUCACUUUGGGAAUGUCUCAAAACAUUUGCACCAUUCGACCCCUCGUUGCUGCUUUGGCAUUUCAUCAGAUUUUUGAAGGUAUGGGUCUUGGUGGUUGCAUUGCUCAGGCGGGGUUUAGCUUUGGAACAACGGCGUACAUGUGUUUCAUGUUCUCGGUGACAACACCAAUGGGGAUAAUUUUGGGGAUGGUGUUGUUCUCAGUGACUGGUUAUGAUGAUAGUAGCCCUAAUGCAUUGAUCAUGGAAGGGUUACUGGGUUCAGUUUCAUCAGGGAUACUAAUUUACAUGGCUCUUGUUGAUCUCAUAGCAGCUGAUUUCUUUCAUAACAAGCUUAUGAACUCCAAUCCAUUGUUGAAAAAGGUGUCUUUCAUUGCAUUAACUCUUGGCUCUGCUACAAUGUCAGUUCUAGCCCUUUGGGCUUGAACAUUUUGUCUUGUGUUCAAUUAAUGUAAGGUGUAAAUCCAAGGUUAUUAGUAAAAGAAUUCAGUGGCAAAUUGUACUCUCUCUUUUUUUGGA